UUGAUGUAAUUCAAAAUGCAGUCAUACUCUCCAUCUCUACAACCAAUACACAACUCCACACUUGAAAAUCAACAGCGAACGUCACCCAGUUCAGGCACUCGCAAUCAAUUUCUAGCUGCUAGACAUAGACGAGCCAUAACACCCAAGAAAAAUAUACUUUUCCGUUACGAUUUAUUGCUGGCCAAUCAGUAUGAGUGUAACAUUUCAUGUCAGUACGAUGCCAACUCUAAGGAGGCAAUCAAAAAUGUGUUGACCCUCAUUAGCUCAUCCCCUUCUGGAACCAACAUUGAAGUAAGAUUUCUCAAACAAGACAACACAGUCUCUUUUGUCAAUUAUGAAAUUAAAAAAUUAAAGAAGAUUCAUUUUGAGGAUAUUGAAAUCAACAUGUGCAGACGUUUGGAGGACGUGUUGCACACAGAUUCUCCAGGAUUGUCACUAAAUAAAGAGCUAAAAGUUCCUCUCUUACAAUUCUCCAGGAUUUUCCUUUCUCUGUCCCCAGAUUCUCCAGGAUUGUCACUAAAUAAAGAGCUAAAAGUUCCUCUCUCACACAAAACUAGCCAUGUCACAGUCAUGUUCCUGGUAAACUUUGACAAAGCUUUGCUGGUUGGCGGGCUGCGCCUAGAUCCACAAAUUUAUCAUGUUUUUACUUCAGAAUCCCUCAAUGAUGCUCUUCAGCUAACACUGAACAAAACGAGUAACCCUGAGCGACUGCAUGCAAAUCAGCAGGCUCUCACUGCCUUAAUUCAGCCUUGUCUGGCAUCCAGGGAGGUGGAUCCUGAACUUCUUCAAGCAAGAGCUCGGUCGAAACAACCUUUAAGUAUAGAGUGGCGUGAAAAAAUAAAAUAUGUUUUAUAUUACGACUUAUUGUUAGCCGACCUUCACCUGUUGAAUUUACACUGUGAAUAUCAAGUAGACUCUGUGGAUGAAGUACUGUGUAUCUCAACACUGAUCCACAGCUCAGCCAAGGGCGCAAGUGUUGAAAUUCAGUACUUGAAAAAGAAUGGAGAAAUUUCUCAUGUUACGUACAAUAUACCAAAAUUGAAACCGGAGGGCUUCAAGAAUAUAAAUUUAAACAUUCAAUGCCAACCUGAUCAAUUUAGUCAAAAAGAGUCUGCCCCUAGGAACUGGCAGACAGACAUCCCAACAUCCUCUUGUUCUAGAGAGGUUUUUGUUAAGUUCAACAUUCCUAUCAUCAAGAGACAGGCUCAGGAACCGCAGAUGGCCUGUGUUUUUCUGAAAGAGUUGGUUGAAGAAGAAACUCCAAUGGAGAUGUGCACCGAAGGUGAUGACCACAUUCAAGCCAACCCACCAUCAGCCACCAUAGAACCCCAGAGUCUUCAUCCUGCUGAUCCACCAAAUGUUGACACAGAACACCCUUCAAGCUCAGUCAAAGAAAACAUACCUCAGGUAGUUUUAUCCAGCGGGGAUGGCAAGAAACAAGGUUCAUGUAGCGCCCUGGCUGAAAUUUUGAUCAAACAUCUUAUGGAGUCAACUCUAGGCGAGAAAGCAGUGGAAAUUCUCAGCCUUUUUUCUCAGCCACCCAGCAUCAUGGAGAGGAAAGCUCUGAUGCAGAAGGAUACAAGUUUAAACAUCUUCAUUAACAACCUGAGUGUGAACAUGGAAAGUGUGACCAAUGCUUUGGUGGGUAAUGGAGUUAUCAACAGUAAUGUUCAAUGA